AGAUUUGGAAGAAACACGCACGGCCACUUCGCUUUAAUCACGUCCAAUUUAUCCGACACUUCCAGAGAAGUGUAAAUGGGCAGGCUAUAGACGCUCAGUGGAUGAAGGCGACUUGACAGUGCAGACGAGCGCACGUCGCUUAAGCCACACAUAUUACUGGUUGCGAUUUUUGAAUUGGAUUUCAAGAGUUUUGCAACCUAUCUCACCUUUGAGAUAUUGUUAUUGUUUUCCAAGCCUUUUUUAAAAAAAAAAUCACAGCCGAUAUGGACACCAUAUUGGACAACUUCGCUUCGGACAAACUUUUUCCUAAUUCCAACCUGUUGGACCUAGAGGAUCUGAAUGAGAGCGAUUUCUUAUCCAAUGUGCAUUUCUCCGAGCAGAUGGAGGAUUUCUCCAAUGACCUUUUCAACAGUUUCUUUGAUGAUCAUCUGUUGGCGGAGAGGAACCCAUUGUUGGAUAUGGAUCUGGACCCUCCAAACCCUGACAUCCAGGCAGAACACAGCUACUCUCUCAGCGGUGAUUCUGCCCCACAGAGCCCCUCCAUGCCCAUCAAAUCAGAUGAUGAUGCAGACUCAGAAGGGAUGUGGUCGUUCAGUCAGGAUCUCACAGCCAUUCUAGUGAAGCAGGAGCCCAGCCUGAUGUCAGAAAACUGCCCUGAUACAUCGCCCCCUCUGGCCAACACCAGCACCUGCUCACACCCCCUCACUCUUGCCCCUCCGCCACAGAGAAACCACACAGGGGAGAAGAGUUCCAAAGGCCUGAGCUCAAACUCCGUUCCUGCCAUCAAAGCAGAGCCCAGAGAGGUGAACCAGUUCCUCAGUGUGCCCUCAGAUGAGCAUCUGCGGUUGCCGCCCACUCCUCCCAGCAGCCAUGGCAGCGACAGCGACGGAUCCCAGAGCCCACAUUCACUGCCACCAUUAAGCCCUGGCCACCUGCAGAGCCCCCAUUCACUGCCUCCGUCCAGCCCUGCCCGGCUACAGGCCCGAACCUCCACAGCCAUCUCCUCGUCCCCUCUCCUCACCGCCCCGCAUAAGCUGCAGGGAACAUCAGGCCCUUUGAUGCUGACAGAGGAAGAGAAAAGGACUUUGAUCGCUGAGGGAUAUCCUGUCCCCAACAAACUACCGCUCACCAAAACUGAGGAGAAAGCCCUCAAACGGGUGCGCAGGAAAAUCAAAAACAAGAUCUCUGCACAGGAAAGCCGCAGGAAGAAGAAGGAAUACGUGGAGUGUUUGGAGAAAAAAGUUGAGAACUAUACUUCAGAGAACAAUGAACUGUGGAAAAAAGUUGAGACUCUCGAGAAUGCCAACAGGUCUCUACUACAACAGCUACAAAGACUUCAGGCUCUAGUGAGUGGAAAAGUGCCUCGGUCCUGCAAAAUCGCCUCCACACAGACCGGAACCUGUCUCAUGGUGGUGGCGCUGUGUUUUGUGUUGGUGCUGGGCUCGCUGGCUCCCUGCCUGCCCGAGCUCUCCCUCUACUCUUCCUCCUUAUCCUCAUCAUCCUCACACACGGUGAAGUCAGCACCGCUGCCCUCAGGUGACCUCUACACCACCAGCCAGGUCCGCUCCCGCAGCCUGCUCUUCUAUGACGAGGGUGCCCCAGUGGAGGACGGCCACAGGGGCUUGCUGAGUGUGGAGAGGAUGGAGGGGGUGCCGCGACAUGUACAGGACCUGAAAGACAGCCAUGAGCAGGAUCAUUCUGCUCUUGUGAGCAGGUACUUGAGCCAGGCCCAGCCAGAGCCUGCAAGCUACAGCAACACAUCCGCGGCCCCACUCCGUCCCCCUGAACCACACUACCACUCGAGAAAGCGGGAUCCUGAGGGAGGAGCUGAAUAUUUCUAACCUUUCUGGGUGGAGCUGCCUCAUCACACAGGCCUCCACUGACGUCCGAUGAUCCUGCACUACUCGGCCCUCGACCCUGACCGUUACAGACCCUGAGUCUCCUGACCCCACCCUAACAAACCAACAAGCCUCAUGACCACGAUCCAACCCACUUGACAUGCAUUCCAAUGACAUUCAGCCCCAGAACUGUGAGAAGAGAAAUGGGUCCAUCCAUACACUGAAACUCCCCUUUACCAGCAAGCACUGAGUUUAAGGACUAAGAGAGAGAAAAGAGGAUGUGGGCGGUUGUAGAUGCUGCUCUGUUUUAGAUGGAUGUGAGCCUGCAGCUCUAAAUUCACUAAACACUUCACACACAGGGUGUGGGAGGGAAAGUUCAUGAGUGUUUGUUUUGAUUUUCUUAAAAUGCCAUGAGACUGUCCAUUUACUACAUAUCCCUACGUAAACCCCAAAGAACUUCUUUUUUUCUUCUUAUGACUUCUUUUUAAAUCUCUGAAUGUUUUCCAGCAGGUGUAAUCACAGGUGCCUGACGUACUUUGCGGUUUUGCAAAGCUUGCUUUGACAGGAUUUUCUUCCUCUGCCAUCUUGGCUUGUUUCUCCCUAAUAAGUUUAAGCUGGAUUGCACUUGUUUUGCACUAGGGAAACUAAUUGAUUUAAGUGCCUUCACAUUCUUUUCAUGUAGUCAUCUUUAAAAAGCUCCUAACCGCUUAGUUCCCUCUUAAACCUCUUUUACUCUGCUUACAUUUAUUAAUGCAUUUUAUUUUUGUUUUCUACUUUUAAAAGGCAGAGGUUUUUGUACUGAAUUACAAAUUUUAUCCAUAAUAUAUUCUAGUAUUUGCAGCAUCCAAAAAAAGAGCAUAUUUAUUUUAUGCACAAAAAAAUUAUGAAAGUUGUGUUUUUUUUUUUUUUUUUAAUGAAAGAUGAUGUAAAGUUUACAUGAUCUUGUUGUCAUAACUGUUAAACAGUUUUUUCUGUUAUCUUUAUUUCUGUGUAAAGAAAGUUUUGUAUAUAUAGAGAAAAAUGAACAGGGACGAUCAAAUCCUGUGUGUGUUUAACCAUGUUCAAUCUCUGAAGAAUUCUGCACAAUCCACACUAAUUCAUUAAAAACAUUGGCUAUAAUGGAUACAAAGUGAAAACAAACAGUUAUUCCCAUUAAUAAAAGUGAAAAAUUAAUGUUAUUUAAACACAUUUUUUCUGAUUAUGGAAUGCUUCUUUUUAAUGUUAGUCUAGACUGUCUACAGUAUAUUCUGUUCAUGAGCGAACUGUUUGACCACUGUAAAAUUCACCGCAAAUAUCGAUAGUGCAGUUGUGUAAAUAUGCUUUACAAAAGCAUCUUUUUUUCUUUUUGUUCUUAAAGGAGAGAAAUUUUUGUUAUGAGAUAGAUGUCCAAUUUGUUAACCAUAAAAUCUUUGGGGGGUUUUUUUUCAGUUCUUUUGUUAAAUCAUUUUUCAUGAUGUCCUCUGAUGCUACAGCCACAAUAUUAUUUUUUAUUGUACAGCUAAAGAUAACCACUGAUAGAUGUAUUUUAAUGCAUUUUUCCCGCUCUAAUUAAAUUAUAGUAAUGAAAGUGGUUGUCACAAAGGAAUUCUGUCACUGUCAGUUUUUAUAAAUUACUCUGUGGUAUAUGUGCCAUAACACAAUGAAAAACUGUAGAUAACAUCCUAUUUUCAGUGUAAAACUGAAUUCACCAUAGUUUUAAAGAGACAGAGCAGUCCUCGUCACGGCCUCUGUUAUAGUCGUCUCAUCCAUCGAUAUGUAUUUCUGUAGUGUAAUAAUAAUAAUGAACUGGAAAAACAUUGUGUUGAUUUGUAUAUUUCUAAGACGAUAAAUGGAAACUUUAUGACUUCAUUGCACAUAAUGUUCACAGAAUAUGUGUCUCAAACCUGGAACUCCAGAAUAUCUGAGCGUUCUGGAAUUGAAUCUAAUGCCCAGUCUGACGAUGGAGUUUAUGCUUUAAAUGUAAUUGUUGCUGGUAUUACCUGUAUCUCUGCCCUUGUUGCCCUUUGUACAUAUGACUGAUGAUAAAUGUUGGUUGUAAAUAUGGAGGACGUAUUUUUAUAUUUCCAAUGCAUUUUGGUAAUCACCAUGCGGCUUGGGUUGAUUUGUAUCCGUGUAUGGAUCUGACUCUGUAUGUAUCUAUGCUCUGAACCUCUUGCUUUUUCUGUCUUAUCUAAAGUAGAGUUAGAAUGAAGCAAAAUACAAAAUUUGC